AUCCUCCCAGAGAUAUCGCACUCUCGCUCUGGAUAUUCCAACUACAAUAAGAAAUGGAAGUCGUCGGGGCGGUGGCAAGCUUUAUAGCCAUAGGCCAGGCUUUGAGCACCGCUCGCCAUGUCGCUCACAUUGCCCGAGCGAUCCCGGGGAUAGAGAACGAGCUGAGGUGGCUCCAAAAUGAGGUCGAAGCUUUAGGAUUAAUCGAAGCAGAACUCGCUAGGGCGGGAGUCAUUGCCAGUGAUUCAAAAUUCGAAACACUGUACCUAGAAAAGGCCAUGCUUCAGCUCACAGAAUCCACGAGGAGCCUCGAAGAAAUCCGAAAACGCUGCACUCGACCACUGAGUGCCGACGGCAAAGACAAGAUCAAAAAGAGAGCAUGGUUCUGGCUACAAGCUGAGCUCGCUGAAUGUCGAAGUAAAGCGCGAGAUGCCAGAGAAAACCUCCAACUUGCGCUCCAAUCAAUCAAUGCUCAAUCUAUCACGUAAGGUUCAUAUUGUCAGCUGCAUAAGAUGGCUGUUGAAAAGCUGAAGAGAUUACGUUGCGCUCUAGGAAACUCGUUUUGCGAAUCGAGAGUCUGAGCAUGCAGAUAGUGUCGAAUGUGCAACAGCUCGAAAGUUCCACAGGCAUUGCAGACGCUCCAGAGAGCCCGCCAUCAAAGGAUGAGAAGCCAUCGUGUUGUGAUGAAAACUCAUCAUGCUGUGAUGAAGACUUAGAAGCACUCCAAGACGACAAACCUUUACAAGUCGUGGCUGUGAGACAACCUCAACAAGCCUUACCGAAUCCUCAAGCCUCAGCACCCACUGACUUGAUCACUCCUCAAGCUUCGAGUAUUGUCAACCAGGUAUCAGGUCUUCUGCAAGACCGAUGCCCAGUUCCAUGCUGCUGCCGAUGCCAUGUUUCAAAGCCAGUGUCGUACACUCCCACGAGGUGGGCUCGGAACUUGGUUGGCAACCUUAAUGUCAACUUCAACCGCCAAUUGAGUUUCCACAACAGCGCGAAAUGCACCGAGGCUAGCUGUAAAAACAAAUCAGGAGCAUCUAUGACUGUCGCGUACCAGUUCCCGGUUUGGCUAUGUUCCAGAGCAGUCCAAUUGCAGACCUUAGUGGGCGCUACGACUGGGCUGCGAGUGUCCCUUAGACCCGCCAGGAUUCUCCCCUUUGGAUCAAACUUUUGGGCUGCCACUGAUUCUGAGUAUGCUCUGAGUUCGAGAGAAACAGUGCAAAAGUGGAUGCUACACUAUGGAAAUGUGUUCCCAGG